GUGGACCGGGCAGCGGGGCGAGCCCGGCAGCGAGGAGAGCUGUGGCCGCCGUGGUGGCCGAGCGGCGGGCAGGCGGGGAUGGCGGCGGGGCUCGCUCCGCGCGCGGUGCCCGGGGCUGCCGGCCGGCGCCUGGGGCUGCUGCUGGCGCCGCUGCUGCUGGCCCCGCUGCUGGCGCGGCCCGCCGAGGCGCUGGUGGAGGGGCUAUACUGCGGCAGGCGCGACUGCUAUGAGGUGCUGGGCGUCAGCCGCUCGGCCGGCAAGGCGGAGAUCGCGCGGGCCUACCGCCAGUUGGCCCGGCGCUACCAUCCCGACCGCUAUCGGCCCGAGCCGGGCGACGGCCCUGGGGACGCGCCGCCGAGCGCCGAGGCUUUUCUGCUAGUGGCGACCGCCUACGAGACGCUCAAGGAUGAAGAAACACGGAAAGAUUAUGACUACAUGCUGGAUCACCCCGAGGAAUACUAUAGCCAUUACUACCACUACUACAGCAGGCGCCUGGCCCCCAAAGUGGAUGUUAGGGUGGUGAUCUUGGUCAGCGUGUGUGCCAUUUCAGUGUUUCAGUACUUCAGCUGGUGGAAUAGCUACAAUAAAGCCAUCAGCUACCUGGCCACAGUGCCCAAGUACCGCAUCCAGGCCACAGAGAUUGCCAAGGAGCAGGGACUGCUCAAAAAAGCCAAAGAAAAGGGGAAAAGCAAGAAGUCCAAAGAAGAAAUCCGUGAUGAGGAGGAGAACAUCAUCAAGAACAUUAUAAAAAGUAAGAUAGACAUAAAGGGGGGCUAUCAGAAACCCCAAGUCCGUGACCUUCUCUUGUUUCAAGUCAUCCUGGCUCCUCUUCACCUGUGUUCAUACGUUGCCUGGUAUUGUCGAUGGAUCUAUAAUUUUAAUAUCAAAGGCAAAGAAUAUGGGGAGGAAGAGAGACUCUACAUCAUACGGAAGUUUAUGAAGAUGUCCCAGUCUCAGUUUGACAGUCUGGAGGACCAUCAGAAAGAAACGUUUCUUAAGCGGGAGCUUUGGAUAAAGGAGAAUUAUGAGGUCUACAAGCAGGAACAAGAGGAAGAAUUAAAGAAAAAACUGGCAAAUGAUCCUCGGUGGAAGCGAUACCGUAGAUGGAUGAAGAAUGAAGGGCCUGGACGGUUGACAUUUGUGGAUGACUAAUGGAAAGCUGCUGUGCCAAACUUUGUGAUAGUGCUUUUAUAGCAAUUAUCUGAGAUGUAGCUGCUGCACUCAGCAGUACCUAAAGUUCACGACCACAUGAUUAAACAGAAUAAUGUAGGAAUUUCAACUUUCCCUUAAAACUUUAUACAGAAGACAUUUAUGAUGGUUCAAUUUUUAUAAUCUAUUUGUGAAUUUUGUUAAAAAAAACAUUUGACAUGGGGACUUUUAGUUGCCAUUUAAAAUUUUUAUAUGUUUAGUUAAAUUUGACAUGAAAUUUAUUAGAUACCAUUUAAAACUUCUGUGUGAAGUGUUUCUUCUUCAAAAGUGUUUCGUUAUAUUUUCAUAAUGCUACAUUUUUCUACUUUCCUGGUCUCUAUUUUUACAAAACAUUACAACAGCACUUGAUCAUAUUAUUGUGUCUUUCUGGACACGGUGUUUUAAGAACCAUUCAGUGUUAUGUUGUCCUUACUGUAGUCCUUACAGGUCUGAGCAUGUUCAGAGUAAUCUCUAGGAGAGUCCUCUGGGAUCUCUGCAGUCCCUCCCAGUGCCUCUACUCUUGUUAAUCAGAAGCUCUCCAGGGGAGCGGGUCGCCGUCGUGUCCCCGUGGGCUGUUGUUGAUUACAGGAGAGCGGGUCACCGUCAUGUCCCCGUGGGAUAUUGUUGAUCGCAGUCUCACUGUAGGACUGACUGUUUUCUCACAUGUUUCUGCAGAGGGACCUUGUGGAAAGGUCUUUUGUAUCACCAUCUUGCUACUUUUUUUCUCUCUCUCUCUUGUUUAAUCUUUCAUUACCUGUGCAGUGAAAAUGUAAUGCACAUUGAGAACAUUUACAUGCAGUUAAGCUAGAAAGAAGAUAAACAUAGCUGUGUGCUAUUCUCUCAAUCACUAGGGUAUACAUGUUUUUUUUUUUAUAUUUACGGAAGUGAAACUAAAUAACAGAAUUGACUGACUCAAACCUGAUACCAAAGUACCAUAUACAUUCAUAUACAAUGCUCCUGUUAAAGAUUUAGCCUACUGUUUCAUAUUAAUAAAUGGUUGUGAUAUGUCAUGA